UGUUGUGGCUAGAAUACUGAACUCGCCAUGUGCAAGUCGCUCUCUGUUAUUGGCACACUAUUAAUAGUUGGGACUAUUUGUUAUGAUGUGGUGCAAGGUUAUCAGAAUGCCGCAGGAGAGUGGUCCGCUUGUCCCGAAGGUUAUGAGCACUUGGACGGCCAAUGUCAGCCAAUAUUGAAAUGCGACGAGGAUUACUUUCUACACACCGAUGGCAAGUGCUAUAGGAAGGUUCCAGAGCCGUGUCCAUACGACUCGACAACAGAGCAAAGUCCUACAACAACUACAACUACUGCCACACCUAGUAGCUCCACUAUAGAGCCAGCUGCAGUAGAGCCGGAAGUCGAGCCACCGCCAAAUGUACAGCCGACUCCCGAUGAGCAAGUGCGCUGUCCACCCAACUCGAUAUUUCUUCAAGAGAAAUGCCGCAAAAUUGUAUGCACACAAGGUGAAUAUCAUGCUGGUCGUUGUCUAUUACCAGCCUGUCCCGCGGGCACAGUUUGGCGCAAUAAGCAAUGCCUGCCGCCAGGGUUUGUUACAACAAUCUUGGAGAUUGAUAAUGUAAUUGAUAAUCAGUUUGAGAAUCAAGCAUCGACGGAGAACAUUCAGCACGUGGAAUAUAUUACCGCAAGCCCGUAUGAUCCAGCAACGGAUCCCAGUAUGUUGGCUCAAGACAAAUAUACAACAACAACACAGUCACAAGCAGACAAUCUAAUGUCUACAACUACUGAGGUGUAUGCUGGACUUUCACCUUCGUCAGGUUGCUGCACAGUGAAGAGUCCACGGCUGUGUCGACCCUAUGAGCCCAAUUGGGUGUGUAUCAAUCGCAGUCUUAAGCUCUGCGAUAGCAAGGUGUGCACACGUCCUUUUAUUUACCUGAAGCCACCGGAAAUAGUCCAACUCAGCAAUCCGCCAAUGUUAGUGAUGCCACCAAUUACUCCAGCCAUGAGCACUCCGCCUUUUGAGUUUCCAGAGAGCGAUUUCUUGGACUGCUCCGGCUGCGCUCAAGGCAUAAGCCGCAACUGCUCUUCAGGCUGCUAUAGUUACUUUUGUCCUGGUGACGUGUGUGACUUUAUGAAGUCCGAGGACUUUUGUGCGCUUUAUCCUGGUGGACUAGGUUGUAACAUCCACGAUGGUUGUAUCUGGAACUGGUGUACUCGCCGCUAAAAUGUAACUUUAAUAUACACUAUAACAAAUAUAUG